AUGGCCAGCAACAAGAUCUCCACCAAGGAGAGGUAUGAUCUCAAUAAGAAGCGCAAGAGGGAAGCGGGCGAGACGGACAAGAAACCGAAGCGCGUGAGGAAGACACCCGCGCAACAGGAUGCACAGGCUGCCGAUGCCGGGGCGGCCAGGAAGCUCGUGAAUGGGCAAUCCAAUACUCUCAAUGGCGUGCAAAAGGGACAGAGCGAGAGCGGAUGGCGAAUCUCGAAACCAAUGGGCGGGAGGAUGCUCGACCUCGACCCCAUCUUGACCGACGACGACCAGUACCUCAUUCUAGCAUACAACACGUCGAUACAAAUCUACGCGGCCGUCGAUUCGCUUCUCGUACGGAGGAUCCCCAUCCCCACCCUCGCCCUCAAUGCGCCCAAGAACACAAAGCCAGCCUCGAUUGUGGGCAUGCGAGCGUCGAAGCAAUCUGCGAGCCAUGUCUGGGUUGCACUCUCAGAUGGCCGCGUGUUCCACGUCGACUGGACAAACUCCUCGGCCUCGAUGGAUGUUUUUGAGACGCAGUCAAAAACAGCAAAAGCCAUGAAUGUGGUGUCUGUCGGCAGCGGCAAGUCGGCCCAGGACGUUGUUGUGGUGGUCGAGGCGGACAAGUCCUCGCGCAUGGACAUUGUCGCUUACCUCAAGACGGAUGGCAAGCCUCAGUCGCGGAACAUCCUCAGUCUCAAGAAAUCAGGCAGCGGUCUGCAACUUCUGGAGGCGAGCAGUGACGGCAAGGUGCUCGUGGGCGCCCUGAACGACUGCCUCUUCAUCGGCUCGACUUCUACACAGGCAGAGGGCCUCCAAGACCUUUCCUACGAGUUUGUGUCCUUUGACGCGCCCGACAUUGUCACCUCAAUCGACCUACGCGUGUCCAAGUCGAAGAAGGCCAAGGUCGAUAUUGCGGUCGGUGGCGCGCGCGGUGGCAUCUACGUCUACAAGGACGCCAUCGCCAAAUUCCUCUCCCUGGGGAAACAAAAGUCGGAGAAGGAGGCCGUCCAGGCGCAGAAAUACCACUGGCACAGGAGGGCGGUGCACUCGGUGAAAUGGUCGCGCGAUGGCAACUACAUGAUUUCCGGUGGCUCAGAGCAGGUCAUGGUCAUCUGGCAGAUGGACACCUCGCACAAGAACUUCUUGCCACAUCUGUCAGGCAGCGUUGAGAACAUUGUGGUGUCAACCAAUGGCGCGUCCUACGUCGUCCACCUGGACGACAACUCAGCCAUGAUCGUGUCGACCGCCGAGCUCAAGCCCACAGCCUACGUAUCUGGCAUCCAGUCCGCCUCUAUCAACGCCAGUAUACCCAAAGAUCUCCUCGUCAACCGUGUCUGGUCGUCACCCGAAAAUGUCCGUCGGCCCAUCCCUGCCGCCAUCCGAGCACAUGAACAGUCGAAACUACAUGUCUGUGUCGGUAACGGACGUCAGGCUACCAUGAGUGGCGACUUUUCGGCCCCCCUGCUGCAGUGUUUCGAUCUCGAGACGUUCACCAGCGUUUCAAAACAGCCACUGGCACGCACACAGCCCACCGAAUCAAACAUCACCCAGAAGGGUGCGCCCAUCGACGAGCCCUUGAUCACACACGUUGCCUUUUCAGCGGACGGCAAGUGGCUCGCGAGCGUCGAUGACUGGAAGCCUGCGGAAAGGGACGUGGAGAAUAUCAGCCCUGACCUUCGCGACCAGUUCAUCCGAGAACGUCACGAGGUGUACUUGAAGUUUUGGGAGGUCGGCUCCGAUGACACCCAGGCUGCCCUGGUCUCGAGGAUAAACGCACCGCACGCAACAACACAGCCCGAGACGGUGUUGGACCUAGCCGCGGACCCUGUGGCGUCUGGAUUCGCUACGAUUGGCAGUGACGGUAUGGUCAGAUUGUGGCGCCCCAGAGUCCGACAAAGCCAAGGCAUCGUCGCCAAGGGCAACGACGGCCGCGAUCUGUCUUCAUGGAGCUGCGCCAAGGUCAUCGCCAUUGGGGACGGACUGGGACAGGAGGCUGCUGUGGAUCUGGUGCAUGCUACUCGGAUCGCCACUCAGGGCUCCGUCACAUUCUCCGAGGACGGUUCCACCAUCUUUGCCGCCUUUGGUGGUGUCGACACGGGCAUGGUCUUUGUCAUUGACGCCAUGUCGGGCGACAUCAUCAAGACGUUGGAGGGUCUGUGGGCUGGCGAGCUCAAGUCCAUCCGCUCAUUGUCGCCUUUCUUGGUGAUCUUGUCGAACGACUUGAGGGUGUUUGACGUUGUGGGUGACGAGCUGCGUUACGGGCUCGACAUCCCAGACAUCCCAAGUAUGCACGAUCUUCUUCUGCUCGAGGUGGAUCGUCGCUCACGACACUUUGCGGUGUCGAUGCCAAUGGGUGACAGCUCCAGUAUUGGCAUCUUCGACCCAGAAGAUUCGGAGCCCCUCAUGGUGCGCAGCAUACCACAUCGCGCCGUGAGUCUUGUCGCUGCACCCGAUACCAGUGGCUUUGUGGUGUUGGACGACUCUGCGCAAGUGUGGACACUGGCUGAAGAGUCGGAUCCCUCGUCACUGACUGCCAUUCAGCCUCUAGAAGAGCUCCAGCUGGAUGCGCCUGUCAUUGAUGACGAAGCAAUGGACAGCGAGGACGACGAGCCUGCGACUGAGGACAACGAGAUGGACGUGGACGAGGACAAAUUCCCCAGUGUGAUUGCGCCGCAGCACCUUGCCGAUAUUUUCAAUGCUGCACCUGCAUUCGCAGGACCAUCCAUCGAGGAAAUGUUCUACAAGGCGGACGAUCCGGCGACCAAGGGGGAGUUUUUGCGGCAGCUGCGCCAUGCCUUGCUCGAGGUCGGCUUUCUGUAUCUGAAAAACGUCGGCGAGCCAGCCGAGCUCUUCGAUGAGGUGAUCACGAAGGGGAAGGCUUUCUUUGACAUACCAGAAGAUGAGAAACACAUGAUCGAAAUGAAGAACGCGCAGUCGUUCCUCGGCUACUCCCGGCUUGCAGCUGAGAUCACAGCAGGGGACGUUGACUAUCGAGAACAGAUUGAUCUUGCUACCGAGCAUCCGCUGCCUAAGUCGGAGGACCCUCUGUAUUAUCACCUACUGGCACCAAACCAGUGGCCCGCCGAGUCUGUCCUUCCUGGAUUCAGAGCCGUGUACCAAAAGUAUAUGCGACGCAUGGGCGCCAUGAGUGUGCGAUUCACGUCUCUCAUUGCUGAAGCCAUUGGCCUCCCGGCCACAGCUUUUGACAAAUACUUUGCCGAUAAAGACCAGCACCACAAGCUGAAGAUUGUCAAGUACCCGGACCUCGCCGAGCUCGGCAAGACGGGCCAGGGGCAAGGCGUUGGACCACACAAAGACAGCAUGUUGAGCAGCUAUCUCCUACAGGCAUCAGAGCAUCGCGGCCUGCAGGUGCAGAAUAUCAAGGGAGAGUGGAUCGAUGCGCCACCCAAAGCUGGAACGGUCGUCGUGACCAUCGGGCAGGGGCUGGAGGCUCUGACGGGCGGUGUCUGUGUAUCUACAACGCACCGCGUGCUUUCGCCCGCCGCAGGCUCAGGUCCUCGCUUCUCCAUACCCUUCUUCCAAGGCGUCGACUUGGACACCGACUUUGACGACCUGGAGAAGGUCGGCGUGGGCAAGGUGCCGGAGGAGACCCGUCAGCAACGCCAGCAGGUCAUUGAGAGGAAUGGCGGUGCUCAGCUGGAUGAUGUAGAAUUCACCUUUCGCACGGGCGGCAAGUCAAAGACGCUAGGCGAGGCGACCCUCAGGAACCGGGUCAAGAGCCACCCAGAUGUAGGGGAGCGCUGGUACCCUGACAUCCUAAAGGACAUACGCGAAGAGCAGGCUGCAGCUUGA